CGCUCUCCCAUCACUCAGGACACGUACGCGCAUCCCAUCUUCAAACCCGAAACAAUCACCAAGAACAGCACCACCUCUCCUACCUAAAUCACAUCCUCUCACAAAAGUGACCAUGGCAGACCGGGGCUUCUAUGAUAAUGAUGAAGCCCAGAACCGUCCACUCCAACAACCCAUGGAGCCUUUCAACGCCUCCGCCGCCGUAGCCGGAGAACAGAAUCCCUGGUCGUCCACUGCGCAACAACCUCAGGAUCAUCAACACCAAGCGCAACAACAGUACCAAAGCAGCAACAAUCCCUUCGAAGCCGUCGAGGAGCAGAACCCGUGGUCUUCCCAUCCGCAAGCCCAACAGCAAUCUCAAUAUCAACCAUACGAACAACAGCAGCAGCAAUCGCAACACUUCGACCCUCCGCCAGGUCUACCACAAGAUGCCCGGGGCCAAGCGCCUAGCCUUCCCCAGCGAAGACCCAGCUUCGAGGAGGCCGCGUUCGUUCCGGAGGAGGAGCGAGGCGAGCAGCGCGAAGCGAUGGAGCAGUUCGAACUCAACAAGUCUGGCAAUGAGAGUCAGCAGGAUCGGGAUGUGGCGCGGCUGCAGCAGGAGUUCCCUGGGCUGGAUGGGAGUUUGAUUGCCGCGCUGUACUCUGAUAAUGGGAAUUUGGGCGCGACGAGGGAGAUGCUGAAUGAGCUGGCUGGAGGGGCGCAGUGAUGA